CUGCCCCACCUGUAGGUGAGCAGUGUUGUGUGAGGUCUAGGCCAUUCCUCAUCUUUGUGCCAGCACAGUAAGUGGCAGCUUCCUGGAGCUGCUCUGUACCUUCAGGAGUGCCGCAGAUCCUGUUUAGAAUCAAGAGCCCUGAGCAGGAGCCACCAUGCAGUGCUUCAAAUUUAUUAAGGUCAUGAUGUUCCUCUUCAACCUGCUCAUCUUUCUAUGUGGAGUAGCCCUGUUGGCUGUGGGAAUCUGGGUGUCUGUUGAUGGGACGUCCUUUCUGAAGAUGUUUGGGUCACAGUCAUCAAGUGCCAUGCAGUUUGUCAACGUGGGCUACUUCCUCAUUGCGGCUGGUGCUGUGGUCUUUAUUCUUGGUUUCCUGGGCUGCUACGGUGCUCACUCUGAGAACAAGUGUGCGCUCCUGAUGUUCUUUGUCAUCCUCCUCAUCAUCUUCAUUGCUGAGAUUGCAGCUGCUGUGGUUGCUUUGGUGUAUACCACAAUGGCUGAACAAUUGCUGACAUCGUUUGUAGUGCCUGCCAUCAAAACAGACUAUGGUUACAAGACUGAAUUCACCCAAGUGUGGAACUCUACCAUGCAAGGGUUGAAGUGCUGUGGUUUCAAUAACUACACAGAUUUUAACACCUCAACUUACUUCCAAGAGACUAAAGUCUUUCCUCCGUACUGUUGUUUCAACUCUACCAGUGGGACACUCGAGGAACCAUGCAAUGAGGAAAAGGCCAAAGAUUUAGAAGUACAGGGGUGUUUCAAACAGCUUCUGCAUGACAUCAGAACCAAUGCAGUCACCGCAGGUGGUGUGGGAGUUGGAAUUGCAGCCCUGGAGCUGGCUGCCAUGAUUGUAUCCAUGUAUCUAUACUGCAAUCUGAAAUAAGACUGCUUUCUGCUUGCCACUUGCUGCUGCCACAUGGAAACCAGGAAGAGGUACAGCUGAGCAGCAGUGGUCCUGGUGGAGAUGAAACCUAACAAUGUUGUUUUGGGCUGGAGUGGAUUUGCCUUUGCUGCUCUAGACUUUGGGUGAAACAUGACCACCUCUUUCAGGCUGUGUCUGCCUUGGUCUACUGGGGCGGGGCUGAGGGGACAUCUCUUCCAGAGUCUCUGAAGCAGCUACUUCUGCCCACCUUCCAAGUAUCCUCUUCAACCCUUGCCACUCCCUUAGUAUAAACGCUGCUCUUGAUGAUCCCAGCACUCCACUGGUGGAUGAUGGCACUUACAGCCUGGGCACAAUCGAGUCCAGCAAAGUCACAGAAUGGAUGUGUAAAAGGCAUUUUGGAACCUAUAAACCAAUGAAAAUAUUUCGAUUUGGACUCUG